AUGGUGAAUGAGGCUUCUAAGCUAGUACCUGCCUAUCUGCGUGACAAAUUGCUUUCUCCAAUUAUGACUGGACGUCAUUAUGAUUCUAAGAGCUUUACUGACAGUGUAUUCACAGAACAACCACUCGCAUGGUGGAGUCUAGGCGGCAAUGCUCCAGUUAUGGCUAGUAGACUGACACAGGAAGGCGCACAGGUAACUUUGGCUGCUCGGUUGUCUAGGAGAGAAAUUUCUCACUUACCUCCUGGAGUAAAAGUUUUAAUGGCACCACCAAAUUUUGGUCUACCUGUUGUCCCUGAGGAAGAUAUCCAUCUUGUAUUAGAAUAUGAGUUGGGGGACAAAUUAGAAGGUUUAGUGGCACCCCGUGCAAAUCGAUAUAUAUGCUCAUACACGAUUUGGCAACGUCAUGUUUUUGAAUCCAUUGGUGUAGGAGAUCUUGGAACUAAAAACGAAGUACCUAUCCCUGAUUUGUUUGUGUUAGGAGGAUUACAAGUAAUGGAUAACACUUUGUCACAGGAGGAGACUACAGGAAUACGAACUUCUCGCAUAAAUGAAUUGAGUCUAUUUCUCAGCGCUUUACCAUCGGAGAGAUUAAUUCAUUUUGAAAUGGCCUCUUAUGUCAAUAAAGAUUUUACUAUGGACCUGUUGAAAACUAUAUUACCAUAUUCGGAUUCAAUCGUUGGAAACAGCUCUUAUACAAAAAGGGAUUAA